AUGAGACGCUCUGUGUUCUUCGCUCUGUGGCUCAGUCUGGUGUUGAGCCUUUUGAAAGAUACUGGAAGUGGAGAAGUUCCUGAAACACCAGAGGUGACUACCUCAAAACCUACAGAAAUCAGUACUGUGAAUGGAACAGCUCCUGGCCCAACAGAGAUGACACCCUCAGUAUCUCCAGUGGACUUUUGCCAUGGAGAUCCUUGUGGAAACAGUUCAGCUACAUGUAUUUCCCUAUACAGCAAUUAUACCUGUGUGUGCCAAUAUGGACUCUACUACAGCAAUAAGGAUUGUCACAAAGGGAAAGUAUACCCAGCCACCAUUUUAGUGAGAGCCUCUUACAGUGAUAAUCUUCAAAAUGUAAAUUCCACUGAGUAUCAAUACCUGCUCAACAAUGUAUCAGAAUUUUUUAAGAAGGCCUUUAAAAAUCUAACUGGCUAUAAAGAAACUGUCAUCGUGAAAAUUCAACCUCCAAGUAAAAGCAGAAGUUCUGGUUCACUGAAGGUAGCAGUGACAAACCUGUUCACAGAGAACUCAACUGAAAAUGAGACUACAGUUAGGUCUGCAGUAAAUCGUGCAAUCGAAAAUAAUGACCAGCCCUUUGUCUCUUCUUAUGAAGUGGAAAAACAUUGUGAUAUUUAUCCAUGUGAUCCUAAAACCACAGAGUGUGUGGAAGUGGAACAACUUCCAGAAUGCAAAUGCAAAUCUGAUUUAGAAAAGAAAGAAGGGGAUAAAUAUUCUUGUUCAGUUUGCAGUAAAAGCUGUUCUAGAGCGAAGCACAAGUACUGCAUACAAGAAGAAGAUGGUCCAGUGUGCAGUUGUAUGAUUAACUUUAAAAGAGAGGCUGAAAAAUGUGUGGCUUGUUCAGUGGGCUUCUCUGGGGAGGAAUGCACUGAUAAUAGUGAACUCAUCCUUAUAAUAGUGGGCACAGUGUUUGGAGCCAUUAUCCUGAGUUUAGUGAUAGCAAUCUCUGUUAUUUCAGUCAGAGCAAAGCACAAACAAAAGCCAGAGAAGAGGAGCCUGAUGAAGUCAGGGUAUUCUGACAUGAAUACCUCUGAUGACAGACCAAGCAUGUUCCCCAGGGUCCAGACCACUUCUGGCCAUGCAAACCCAGGAUAUCAGCCAAACAACCCCUAUGAGAUGCGUUCCACAAAUAGAGAUCACUUUGCAGAGAGGGAUUAUGAUGAUUUGUAUGAAAUAUCACGGGAGCCCAGGGGCUUUAGGACGCAGAGCAGAUAUUGA